UGGAUGUGUUUAUUUGUUAAACUUAGAUGCGAAAUUGUUUUUAUUUGCGCAGAAGUGAUUAGUGGUUACAAAAUGUGUUCAUUUUAUAUCGCGUGUUUUGAUGAAUGUUUUCUGUAGUAAUCGUUUUAAUCGAAUUAUUCUCGGGAUUUUGUUCUAGUGCAAUUCAAAUUGUGUUAUAAUGCCGGGUCUUAUUGGUAUCGGUGAAUUUAUUGACGAAACUCGAGAGGAUUACAGUUCGCCAACCACUUCUACGUUUGUUUCGCGUAUACCACAAUGCCGGCAAACUAUCAACGCUUUGGAAGAGACCCUGGAUUUCGAUCGCGAUGGCCUAACGAAACUCAAGAAAGCUAUAAAAGCUAUCCACAACUCUGGAAAUGCACACGUGGACAAUGAGAUGUACCUAUCUCGGGCCCUGGAGCGACUCGGGGGAAACGCCCUAAGUAAAGACUCCGAGCCGGACAUCGGUGCAGCUUUCUUCAAGUUUGCAGUCGUCACCAAGGAACUAUCUGCUCUUAUGAAGACACUGAUGCAGAACAUAAACAACAUAGUCAUGUUUCCCGUGGACAGUCUUCUGAAGGGUGAUCUCAGAGGCGUCAGAGGUGAUCUGAAAAGGCCAUUCGACAAGGCUUCCAAAGACUACGAGUCCAAGUACCUGAAGAUAGAAAAGGAGAAGAAGUCACAGGCGAAGGAGGCUGGUCUUAUCAGGAGUGAGGUCACAUCGGCUGAAAUAGCUGAUGAGAUGGAGAAAGAACGGAGACUGUUUCAGUUGCAAAUGUGUGAGUACCUGAUAAAGUUCAACGAUAUAAAAACAAAGAAGGGCAUCGAACUGCUACAGCACCUGGUGGAGUACUAUCACGCACAAACAAAUUACUUUCAAGAUGGUCUGAAGACGAUCGAGCACUUUGGCGUCUACAUCGCGGACCUUAGUGUACAGUUGCAGAAGAUAAGGCAGCAACAGGACGACGAGCGACGGAGACUUUUAGAACUAAGGAAUAUGCUAAGAGCUGCUACGCCACAGGACAGAGAAGCUGCUGCGGCCGUAGGUGGCUAUUCUCUCCACCAAUUACAAGGAGACAAACAACACGGCGUAACACGGAGCGGGUAUCUACUAAAGAAAUCCGAAGGCAAAGUGAGGAGAGUUUGGCAAAAGAGGAGAUGCAGAGUCACGGCUGAAGGGUUCCUGGAUAUCUUUCACGCAGACGAGAACAAAACACCAACGAGGGUAAACUUGCUGACGUGUCAGAUAAAAGUCGCCUCGGAAGAUAAACGGGCAUUUGAUCUAGUCUCAUACAACCGUACCUACCAUUUUCAAGCGGAAGACGAAAACGAGCAGCGAGCAUGGACAUCGGUUCUUGUCAAUUGUAAAGAAGGAGCACUGAUGAGGGCGUUUCACCAGCAGGCGGGGGAGAGCAACGACAACGGGCACUCAUUGUUGGAUCUACAGCGGUCCAUAAUAAGGGCUGUACGUUCGCUGCCCGGGAACCAAGUGUGUGCAGAUUGCGGGUCCACAAAUGAUCCCACCUGGUUAUCGACGAACUUCGGCGUGAUCGUGUGCAUAGAAUGUUCCGGAAGCCACAGGGAACUCGGCGUUCACAUAUCAAGGAUACAAUCGUUAACGUUGGACAGGCUAAGCACGUCACAACUUCUGCUGGCUAGGAAUAUGGGGAACCAGAUGUUUAAUGAAGUCAUGGAAAAUACGUUGGAAGAAAGGGAUAAAUUGACACCUGAAAGUACUAUGGAAGAGCGGUUAAGGUUCAUCCGGGAGAAAUACGUGUAUAGGGCGUGGGCCGCCAGAACAUGUCAAGACGCGGCCGAGAGGCUAUCAGAAGUGGAGCAUGCCGUCAACAACGGUCACCUUCAGAAUUUGCUGCAAGCUUACGCUGAAGGGGCAGAUUUAGCAUCCGUCUUACCUAGUUCGGAUUGCGGUGAGACUGCCCUCCAUCUUGCCAUAUCACGAGAAUUAGGCGACGGGUCGUGCCUGCACAUAGUCGAUUUUCUAGUCCAAAACGGUGGUACACAGCUACUUGACAAAGCUACGUUCUCCGGUAUGACAGCGCUACACUUGUGCGCGGCGAUCGAUCGAACGGAGCCAAUGAAGCUAUUGCUAAAAGCGGGAGCUGAUUCUACUAUAAAAGAUAACAACGGACGGACUGCUUUGCAGAUUGCCAGGCAGUUGGGACACCAUGCGUGCCAAGAGUUGCUUGAAAGUGUAGAUAAGCGGGAGAAGAGCAUUUACGAAAACAUUAACAUAGACUGGAAUCUAUCGCACGACGAUGGCUCAACGGACUUCUCUGACGACGAUACAGUUAUCGACGAAAGGCAAAACGGUAGCGUGACGCCAGAGAAAAAAUGUCCUAGAUCGCGGCCUCCGUCAUACGCUGGUACGUGCAGUGCGGGGGGUGGUGGUAGUGUUGGUGGUGGUGGUGGGGAUUCCCCUGUGCUUCGCUCCAGGUCCUCUACAUGCGACUCCUUGCAUCACGCGCCGCCGACGCCGACCACGCUGCCGAGGAAACCCAACGUUUUUUCUUGUAUUAUUCCAGAUAACAUAGGCAGUUUGAAGAAACGUGCAGCGCCUCUUCCACCGGCAGUUGCAUUGUCGCACCCACCACCGCAUCCUCGUUCCACACCCUCGCCUUCAGCGGACAGCACAAGAUCCAUACAUGGCGGUGUAAGCGGGGUAGCGAGCGUGUCGAAGCACCGACCUCAGCAGCCCCCGCCGACCCCGCCGCCCGCAACGUUACAUAACGGCGCACACAGGGAUGAACCCACUCCGCCACCUAGGAAAAAGAAAAAUAGAUUGCAACUGGAAAACGCUGUGAAAGGAAAACUGAAAAGGGAGUGUUCUAGUCAAGAUUCAUCACUGGAGCUGUGCGAUAUAUCGGACGGGUUAGACGACAGUCGCUUGCAGCCUGCGUUGUCGUGCGACAGCUCACGGUCGCGAGAACGUUCGAGACGCUGCGACAGUCGCUCGCUAGACGUUUCCGAUACCUCCAGUGUGCACUCGCGAUCGCCUUCCACUUCUAUAACUAUGAUGGGCGCCGGUAUGCGGCGGUGUCGGGCACUUUACGACUGCUCCGCAGAUAACGAAGACGAAUUAUCAUUCCGCGAAGGAGAAGUUAUCGUAGUCAUCAACGAGCGUACCGAAGACGACAACUGGAUGGAAGGCCAGGUCGAAGGGACCAGCCGGCGCGGAAUGUUCCCCGUCUCUUUCGUUCACAUGCUACCCGAUUAAUGGAAGAGUGAGAGAGAAUUGAUCAGGCCAUUGUAUAGGUUUUUAACGUGAAUGCGCCUUUUGCGAGAUGAUGUGACGGCUUAUUGAAUGUUAACAUAAGAUUGUACACAUCCACGAAUGAGUUGAACGCGUGCGAAUCUUGCGGUGCGUUCGGAUAGGUUAGUUAUUCGUGACUAUUAUUUAUUUAUGUCGUACCAAAAAUCUAGAAACCAAACAAAAAGGACAGGUCGUUCUAAAGAACAGCUGAUCUCUUAAGACUAUCUAUUUCUCUCAUUACUCUGAAUGUAAGAAUGUGUUUUUUGUGUGAAAAAAGGACAAAUUCGGCUUAUGAGUCUCUCUCAACUCUUGGCCCUUGUACCAAAAUUCAUAUGAAUUUUGGUGUAAAUAGAUAUACUGACGGUAAUGUCAGAAUAUCUAUUUUGCACUAAAAUUCAUUAACUUAAUCAUAUAAUGGUCAAGACGCAAGGAUAAAAUAUUUAAAACAAGGACAGAAUAUCUCUAGAAAGAUUUCGUCCAGGAGGCUCCGAAUUUUAAGAAAAAUAUGGUAAACAGAUGUUCGUUUCGUGUCCAUCAGAUAUUUUUGUCGUUACAAAUGUUUUUGAAGGAAAACAUUAUUAGUUUCCAACGCGCCGCAAAAAUCUCACGCGCUAAAGUCAACGCAUUUUUAAGCACUGAAUGUAAUGUCAGCAGCACGACUACCUCGCGCCUAAUAAAUACGGCUGAUGUUGUUUAAGUCGUUCACAGUUUCAUUGCUGAAAAAUAUGGUACAUUUUACGCGUAUGUAAUGUCUCAUCAGCUUAGAAGUGCGUUAAUGUUUUAAUUUCAGACUAUAUUUCUGAAAUCGCUGUAUUGUAUGGAUCAAAUAACAGCGUUUGGGAGCAAUUUGAACGUACGGGUGUAUUCACGUCAACAGAUCUGUUAGUCCACAUCACAGAGUCAUUAAAGAAGUGUUUAUAAAACUUUUGCGACGUAAUGUGUUGCGAGUGUUAGAUUUUAAAUGAACACAACCCCUUUUACUUAAUGUUGCGUACUUAGUACGCGGUAAUAAUGAGUACUGGUACUAACUGCUUAUUACUGAUGUUUACUUCUAGUUUGUAGUGGCUCUAGCUUAGUACUACGACGGUACUGAAGUAACUACUGAACUUUAGUGAGCUAGUUAGACUAUUACACUAAAAUUGGCCUUUAUGCUCAAUUUGUUUAACAACCCAAAUUCUAUUUUCCGCGUACGCUAACUUUAUCGAAAGUGUUUUGUUCACACAAAAAGCUACACUCGUUCACAGCUCAAUAGCUAGUAACGUUCCAUACGUAAAAGUUCUCGCAGACUGACUGGCAGGCUCGUAUACGCUUUUACUUACGGUAUAUUUAAAUAUAAUUCUUAUCUGAUUCAUAUAGGGAAUGAAAUAGUAUCCUAGAUACUCGUAGUAUUCGAUGAUACAUUUACAACUCUCUUAUUAUAAUCUGCUUAAAGGCGAUUAUUAAUCGUUACAAAAAUGUAUAGCACGCGAGCUUUUCAGUCUGUCUUCGGAUCCUUAGGUUCUACAAGACGGCAGCGGUCGAUAAAAAUCGCGAGAUGCCGUGCAGACGCUCGUGCUGUUAUGAAAUGGUACAAUUCUAUCUAUUACCAUCCGAAGAUCUUCUUCAUCUUGCCCUUACCUAACGUUUUGUGGGGCUUGAACAAAAUGUCUUCGUCAAACUUGAAGACACUCUGGUUGUUUGGGUUUUGAUAUUUUUUUACCACUAUCGCUUUUAGGUUUACCUUUCUUGGGAAUGUUUUUGUAGGUGGAAAAUAUGGGUAACUUCCGUAAGAGUUCCUCUUUGCAUCAGACUCAAGCAAAUCAAAGCCGUGAAACCAUUCGUUUCGCCAGCGAUGGUUUUUGUCUGUGGAACAUGUAGCUAUCUUUUGGGUCUUUUAAUAAAGUAACGCUCAUAAGAUGAAACCAGUCUAAAUUAUGUUCUAAAGAAGUAGACCCCGAGUCCCCGAAUUUUAACAGAAACUUG